AUGACAGAUCUCUAUCAAGAAGUAAAGGAUGAGUUUUGCCCGCCCCUGGAUCUUUCCCUCGUAGAGGAGAUGUUCAAUGAGCGAACCGACGACGACGAAUGCUAUGGUUUUCUUAUGGUACUUAAGGACAAUGCGGAAGCUGAAACAGACAAAGGCUCUGACAACGACGCACCAAUAAGCUUUGCUGUCGAGCAAGACCCGUUUGAGCAAGACCCGUUUGAGCAAGACCCGUCUGAGCAAGACCCGUCUGAGCAAGAUCCGCCUGAGCAAGAUCCGCCUGAGAAAGAUCCGUCCGAGCAAGAACCGUCCGAUCAAGACUUGGCCGAAUUGAGUACUCGUUUCUAUGAUUAUGAUGUAAACUUGCUGCAGAAGAUUUUGGUAAUAGCUGGAGGUGAACUAGAGACGGCGAUCGAUCUGAUGCGUUUUAUCAUCGAAGAGGAUACCAAAAAUGGUCAACGGACAUGGAGUCAGGUCGUAGGAUCGUCAACGUCUCCUAAUAAAUUUUCAAAUAGUUAUCAUCGCGAAACUGGUGAGUACUCUGCUGUAGGCAACUGUAAACUGUCAGUAGGGGAGGGGAGCUGGAGGCAAAAUGCUAGCUCUAGUAAGGUCAUAAGUGCCUCACCGGCUUACGAUAGGGACAAAUCACGAUCUUCUCAGUAUAAAAAUAAGCGCGACGAAGCAUUCCGUCUUGCUAACAGCAUAUAUCAGAAGACUAGAAAUCGCAAACGAAAUGAAGCUCAUGGCUACUACUCGGAGCAAGGACGUGCGCAUGAUGCGGAAAUGAAGUUGUGGAUUUUGCGUGCUGCUAGAGCACAAGUCCGUCAGAAAAGCAAGGCGAGAGGAGAUCCUAAUUUUGUAGAUUUGCAUGGAUUGACUGUUCUCGAAGCUUUGGCCGUGGUGAAAGAUGAACUGAAACGUUGGUCUUCGACACCUAUGCAAUCAGGAUCCAACAAAAAACCUCUACAAAUCAUAACUGGGGCAGGCAACCAUUCACACAAUAACGUACCCAGGCUUUGGAUCGAGGUCGGAGAUUAUCUAGAAGAGACUAAUUGGAAAUUUGAUAAAGACAGGGGUUCUUUCGUUGUGUGGGGACGAAAUGGAUCUUCGUAG